CGCGCGGGGCGGGCGCGCGGGGGACCCCUCUGGUAAGCCGCGCGCUGCGGCCGGGACGGCGUAACCGGGCCGGGGGGCGGGAAGCUCCGAAGGCUUUCCAGGGGCCGAGGGCGCCGCCCGUCCUUCCUCCCAGAGCCCUACAGGUGGAGCCCGGGGCGCCCGAGGGCGCGGAGGGGCUGACGCCGCGUCCCGGCCCCCCUCAGGCUCCCCCAGGACCGCACGGUCCCCAAGCGGAGCGACCGGGUCUCCCGGGCCCCCCGCCCCCAACCGUCGCCACGGCCGUGCGCACGUGCGGCGGGGCUGCGUCACGGCAGGGACGGCGACCCGGGCUACUUAAGGGGCGGCGCCGGGCGCCUGCGGGAGUCUCCGCGCUUCGCCCAGAGCCAUGAACGGCGGCCUGUGCCUGUGCGUGCUGAUGGCGGUUCUGGCGACCGGCGCCUGGACGCAGCCGCUGUCCCCCGCGGGACCCCUGGGCCCCGCGACCCUGGGCGCAGAGGACGCGCCCCGGAGGCAGCUUCGCACGAGGACGGGCGCCGAGCCCCGGGCGCGCCUGGGCGCGCUGCUCGCUCGGUACAUCCAACAGGCCCGGAAAGCGCCUUCGGGCCGCAUGGCCAUGGUCAAGAGCCUGCAGGGCCUGGACCCCAACCACAGGAUAAGCGACCGGGACUACGUGGGCUGGAUGGACUUCGGCCGGCGCAGCGCAGAGGGGGAGGAGUAUGAGUACCCGGCAUAGAGGCCCGGCCUGCCCCGCCCCGCGCGGAGGAGGCUGGGCAGGGGCACAGUCCCGCCUCACUCGAUGUCUCUGUCUUCCUCGGGAAUGAUCUGUCUGCUGCGGUUGUGCAGUGCCACCAUGCCCUGUGUUUCCUCGGCCCGUGGCUCCCGGCCCUAAGACGUUGCUAUGCUAUUAAAGUGAUCUCAGUCCACGCC